UUCUCUUUAAAAACAAAACAAAAUAAACAUAGAUGGACAAAAAACCAAAACCCUAGUACGAAGACAUUACCUAGCUCGUUUUGAUUCUGAUUAGUAGUACCAGUAAGGAAAUCAACUGGAGGAGAAGGGCUCUGGGCUUUUCCAAGAUAUAAAGCUGCGAUCUUGGUCAUUCGGAUCGAAUGAUUCUCGGUUGAUAUGUUUUGAGACAUAAAGCAUGUCUAUUGAUCCUAGUGCGCCAAUGAAUUUUGUGGAUGAGGAUGCUUCUUCAGGCUCUGGAGAUGAUGUUAACGUGUUAGAGGGACAUAAGCGUCAGUCCGGGAUGCCAUCUAGUUCAGGUCGUCGGAAGAGAAGUCGAAAGGCUACUGGUGAUGCUAUAGUGGAUGCCAUGCUAGAAAUAGCAGCUGCUUCAAAAAUGAGGGCAACUGCAAUCAUGAAGAAUGGGGACCGGUUUUCUAUUAGCAAAUGCAUAAAAGUUUUGGAUGAUAUGAAAGAUACACCUGCUGGCAUGGACGACUUUGACUUGGAAUUGGAUGAGAUGGAAAUAAUUGCAGCAGCUGCUGGCUACUAUCAUUAUAAUAGUAUAACUAGGCAACCUCCUCGUAUGUUAUCGCCUCGUGGAAGUGGUUUCAUGAGUGAAGUGCUUAAUGGUCAUGAUGAUGGAUGUUGUGAAAUGUUUCGGAUGAACAAACAUGUAUUUCACAAGUUAUGUGACAUUCUUCGACAAAGAGGCAUGUUACGAGACACAUCUGGGGUUAUGAUAGAGGAGCAGCUGGCAAUUUUUUUGAACAUUAUUGGCCAUAAUGAACGUAACAGAGUAAUCCAGGAGCGGUUUCAACACUCAGGUGAAACCAUAAGUCGGCAUUUCAAUAAUGUGUUGAAGGCAAUCAAGUCACUGUCACGUGAAUUUUUGCAACCUCCUCCGCUCACAACUCCUCCCGAAAUCCUUGGAAAUAAUAGAUUUUAUCCAUAUUUUAAGGAUUGUAUUGGAGUCAUUGAUGGUAUGCACAUUCCGGCACAUGUCCCUGCAAAAGAUCAAUCUCGAUUUCGCAAUACGAAAGGUAUUCUAUCGCAAAAUGUAUUGGCAGCUUGCACGUUUGACCUGCAGUUCAUAUUCAUUUAUCCUGGUUGGGAAGGCUCAGCUGCAGAUUCUCGUGUAUUGAGGGCAGUCCUUGACGACCCAGAUCAGAAUUUUCCUCGCCUUCCUGAAGGUAAAUAUUAUCUUCUUGACUCUGAAUAUUCAAAUAGGGAGGGAUUUCUUGCUCCAUAUCAAGGAGUCCGGUAUCACAUUCAUGAAUAUAGAGGUGCUAAUCAGUUACCUAGAAAUGCGAAGGAGUUGUUCAACCACAGACACUCAUAUCUAAGGAAUGUCAUACAAAGGUCUUUUGAUGUGUUGAAAAUUCGAUUUCCCAUUCUCAAACUUGCCCCUCAAUAUGCAUUUCAUAUACAGAGGGAUAUAGUUAUAGCUGCCUGUGUUCUACACAAUUAUAUCCGGCGCGAGGAACGAAAUGAUUGGUUGUUCAGUAGUGUUGAAGGCUCAUCUGUGGAUGAAUCGCCUGAUCCUGAUCAACAUCCAGAUAUGCAGUUGGCUUCUCACAUACAGGAAGAAGAUGCCUUUUCAUCACGAGAGUCAAUUGCGGCUGCGAUGUGGGAUGACUUCAUAAACAAUUGGGAUGAGUGGUGACCGUUGGCACUAGCAAUGAAUGUGCUCAGAUGCAAUGAAUAUCUUAUGAAGGAAUGGUACUAUGACUUUCUAGACAUGCAUCUCUCUCUCUCUCUCUCUCUCGAUUGUUCCAAAAAAUUUCUGCCUGCUAAAACUUUUUGAAAUCUUUGUGCAUGUCUCUCACGUUUGUUCCAAAUAUUUUCUGCCUAUAUCCUGCUAAAACUAUUCGAAAUCUUUGUGCAUGUCGCAAAAUGCAAUAAUGGUCGUGUCAAGGUGUCUAUUAUCCCUCUGACGCAGGUUGGAAUGCGUGUUUCUACCAUGAAAGUAUAAAAUGCUUUUUUUUUUUGCCAUAUUUUUUGGGCUGGUCUAAUAAAUUUGCAGUCUCAUUUCAUGUUGUUUCGAAUAUCAUCAAUGAUGAUGGUGGACCGUGGUGGUGUGCUAUAUAAAAAAUGACUCAGGUAAAGCAUACAGGACAGAUGCCUAAAAAAUGUGGGAUGCAGAUCAAAGUACAUAUUGUAGAUGUUGCAAAGCUCAUGAUGAUUUGUGCUUAUUAGUAAACACAUUUCACAGAUCUUCCAAAUCUGAGUCUCAAGGGUGGUUUUUUGUUUUCCAACCUUCAUCUGGAUGAUGCAUGAUGAGCCAGGCAAUUUGCAGAUAAAUCUAGGUUUUGCAAGUAUAUAGUUGCCAACAUGGCCUGCUUAGCUUCGGUAUACAAGCUUUUUAUAAGCGUACCAGGAUAAAUUUUAUUUUAUUAUUUUGUUAGUAUAAAAUA